AUGGCAUUUGCCCAGCAACAGCGCCCUCAGACCGCCCGUCAACUAUCAUUCCAUGCACCUGAGCCCGCUGCGGCGGUCGCAACCAGCUCGCAGCAGCUAAAGCGCCGUCUCGAAGAGUCGGAAGAGUGGGUCCUCUUCUCGCCGACUGCCCCCUCCACGACCGCUCGCACACACACGACCUCGACUGAACGCACACCACGGACAGCUGGCCUGUCACGCUUCAGCGAGUUUGGCUCGCUCGACACCGCCGCCCGCUCAGACCAGGAUGACGACAACGGCACGUUCCUCGGAACUGAGGAGGAGCUAGACAGCCUCGACGACGGGCUCCACGCCUUCCACGAGCCCUCCGAGCACGCCCUGCCCACCAGCAGGCUGCAGGAGAGCGGCGACACGGUGCUGCCCAACCACGAUGGCCUGGGCUCCUUCCACCCAGACGCCACCAUGCAGGAGCACAUGUGGCAGUUUGAACGCUCUCCACGGAGACGUACUGCGCGGCGGCGGUCGAGCGUGCAGCGCCACCUCACUACCCUGGAUGAUACGGAUGAGGUCACGCAAGAGCAGGAGCGACGGCAGCGCAUCGAGAGGUGGAGACUCGAGCAGAGCAGGGCCGUGCUGGAAGAGAUCGAGCGGGAAACAAGAAGAAGGCGGCGAAUGAGCAUGGCCGCUGAUGGCACUGAUGGGUCAGAUGAGGGCACAGAGAACAUGUCCUUCUGGCAGCGACUUACUACACGCGUCAUUAGAGACCUGAUCGGUCUUGACAACGAUACGCUGUCGGUCAUCUUUGGCGAGAGUCUGCCUGAGGAAGCCAUGAGGCCCAAAGCGGGAUCUCCAUCGACCUCACCAGCAGACCGCGUGUUGCGAAAUGCUGUCGCAGACGCACACACAUACCCCGAGGAAGACUGGCAGACACGAGUCCUCGAGCGUGUGGCACAAGAACUUGGAGUGCUGGUCCACCAACUUUCUGAGCACCCAGGUGCAUUCUCUACAUAUCAACGCACCCAGACAGCGCCUGAGUACGCAGGCCUCACUCCAGCCGUUGCUACCGAUCUCGCAUCCUCAGGCCCGACUAGCUCCCAGCCCUCCGCCCCCUCGCCCGCCUCGGUGCAAUUCGCGGCCACAUUCCCAACACAACAGACGUCACACACUUACAGCGAAGCAUCAUUAUGGGGAAUCGAGGAAGAGCCCGAAUUGGCUGGUGUAAUGGAAACUUCGCAUCCAGACCCUGCUGCUACUGCACGGGCUGCCGCUGAAGACGCGGCACAUGAGCGAGAAUACUGGGAGCGCGAUCUUGACGUCAAGAUGAUCUUCAACUUCCUCGUGAGGCGCUUCACUUCCCGCCGCUCCAGCACGCCAACGCCCACAAGACGGCCUUCGGCGUCCACGUAUGCGAGCGAUGAGGGCGCGUCUGCGCGUCGCGCGGCCAUGAUCCGCCAGAACCACCCUUUGGUCAGCCGGACGACGGAUAGAGGGCUCCCGACGUCGUCUUCGGCACAACCCAGGGAGGUGAGGCGACGUGACGUGGGCGCGACGUAUCGCACGCACUACAACCCGCAAGCCAGCUUGAGACAGAAGACGCUAAGGAGUAGUUCUAGCUGCGCGAGCCAGAGCACGAAGAAGAGCAAGCGGAGCAGCAGUAGUCAGAGGAACUACUGGGACCUGGGAGGCAGCGUGGGCAGUGGCAGUGUACUCGCUGGAGAGAUUUAG